AUGUCUCUCGUGCACACCUUCCUCGGCCAGUCGCCAGAUCAGCUUCAUCUUGUGAAUGGAGAUCAAGUAUCGCUCCUCGACUUUAGAGCCUACGAUGAAUAUGUCCGAAGGCAGCAGAAGAUUUUCAAUGAUAUGAGCGCUUCAGCUGUGUCCCCUUCCGAUGUAGGAUCCCUUGGCAAGGUAGCAGAUGAGAUCAGGCAACAUAAGCAACGAGACCGGGCUAUUUCCUGCAUAGCUACACUAUCGGGCAAUAACAAUAACAUUGCUUGUCAGGCCACACUUAGUCUCGUCGUCCGUCUGAUGCUGAUGGUUGAAAUCGGUUCCUUGGAGAAAUCAUUCGGAUUCAUGCAUCAUACCGGCCGGUGUCCGCUACCACAAUGGAUGGAGAGCGACUUGGCAUCUCUAGCAGCACGGCUUUUUUGUGCCUCCCUGCCGACCAACUGCAGUAUAAUGUCAAUUCCCACCACUUUCGAUGCCUGGAGUCUUGAAAACGUUGCCGGCAUCAAGAUCGAGUUCACUGACAAUCUGGCGGACCACCUGCGGCUGGCAAAUAAUGACACGCAGCUCUAUGUAUUCCACCACGUCGCAUAUCUCGAAUACCAAAGACACAUCUCGAACUCUCAGAACGCUGUUCUCCCAGAGGGACUGGCAGAGGAGACCCUCAAAACACUCGCGAUCCUCUUUCCUCAGUCUGAUCACUGGAGCCCAUUGCGAUCGACACGGAAGAAGAGAGCAUGGCUGGAACGACUACGCGUAAACUCCAACCGCAGGAUAGACAGCCGUCUCACUUGUUGUGGAACACCUAACAUGGACGACAGACAACUCAGCAACUUCCGUUUCUGGAGGGAUCGCCUAGCCAUCAUCAAAGAAGUCUACGAUGAGUCAACGCCAGACUCGUUCUCUCAGUGGUGGCAUGACCGGAGGAACGGAGUUCAGUGGCACAACUUUUGGGUAGCCAUGGUAGUUCUGGGACUGACGGCCUUCUUCGGGUUCAUACAGUGCAUUCUUGCGGCAGUCCAGGUUUACAAGGCAUACCAUCCAUCUUAA